AUGCUGACGUACGAGAAGGUGGACAUCAAUGAGAAAAACGGCAAGGACUCAAAGAUCCUGCACAAGGAUUUCGAGAACUUCCUGCCGGCGGAUGUGGCCAACUACGACGACUGGAACGAGCUUUUUUGUGACCCCAAGCGCUUGGGGGAGUCGCUCUUGUUGGAGGAUGGCAGUCAGCUCUUUGAGCAGCCGGGCGGCGAGCGCUUUGCCGCCCUGCACAAGAUGGACUGGGCCGCGAGCUUGAACCGCUUCUGGACCAAGACCCACCGGGAGGUGCACUCCAUGUGGGGAUUUCUGGCCUCUACGCAUCGCAUUUGGCUGGUGAAGCAUGCCUUCCUGUUUUGCUUGGGUUUGACGCUUGCGGUCAAAGAUCCUGACCACAUCGACUUUGGUCAUGUGGCGCUUUUGGGCAACACCUGGCCGGUGCGCUUGGCGGCGGUGGGGCUUCUAGUGCCUUUGCACGCCUUCCUCUGGGGCUUUGCGCGGUACCACACCACCGGCUCACCAGUUUGUCGGAGGAUCUCCGGGCCGGCGUGUUGGCUCGCUAGCUUUGGUCGCACCGUGCUUUGGGCCUCGCCUGUCUUCACCUACGCGGCGUUGCGGUAUAUUGAGCUCCAGGGCAAGCUGAACGACGAGAAUUCUGAUCUGCAGAUUGGCCUCGUCUCGAGCUGA